UUUAAUUACUAGUACUUAAAACCUGUUACGUGGGGACGUUUUACGUGUGAUGCCUGUAACCUACCAUUGUAAAGUUUCGGUUGUGAUUAUCAGUAUCCACGACUGGAUUUUGUUGCAGGGCCACUCUUGGCACAAUGUUGGAGCCGAAAAAACAGGAAUACCCAAAAGCACACCUAAAGCUGUUCAGCUUUGGAUAGACGACAUAAACAGCCCAACCACAACUACAAACCCAACCAGCAAAACUGCGGACAGUUUGCAGCUGAUGCCGCAACCUGCAACAAAAUCUCUGCGAACAUCGGAUAGUCGUGGUCAAGCAAAUAAAAGUAAACCUUCGAAUUCCAAGUUUCGAGCUAUUCCCGAUCCUUCGCCAGAACUGGCCUCUGAACUAUCCCAGCUGCAGCUACAAGACACCCUAUCGGAUGGCGAACAGGAUACCGCGGCAUCAACCGUACCAGAAUUCGAAUCAGCACCACUGGAAACCGUCGUCUGUCCCACUGUCACACAAACCGUGUAUCUGCGCCCGAAAACGCGAACACGAACAGUCAAUGUAAUUCGGUCAAGAGCGCAUCUGUCGACCGUGAACGCUGCAGUAGAUGCGACUGGUCAAGCGUAUGACUAUGUCACUCGGCCUGAUGCUGCUGAUCAAGAUCUGCAAUCGAGAAAAAAGAGCCGAGAUGCUCCGGAAGACACAGCUGAUGCGGAUGGUGAUGUAAACUGUGCCCAGAAACUACGGAAUGUGGCAUGUGCCAAACCCAGCUUCGCAACUGUAACUACCACAGAAUUUCGCAGUUUCGUGUAUCUUUCGACACAGUUUAUUUACACGACGAGUCCAAUCUAUGGAGCGGCGGACAACACAGAAAGAGAAGUUAUCCGUGAAACAAUGACGGUACCGGUAACUGUUUAUGCAGAACCGGUCACUCAGACUGUCACAGUGACCGAGGUGGUGCAGCCAUCGAUCCAAUAUCCAAAGCGAAAACCAAAUCCCAAACUGAUCGAAGAAGGCUCAGACAACACACCGGUUCUGACAGUCACAUCCACGGUUACUGUUCGCGCUCCACAGUUUUGCCCGUUAUCCUGCAGCAACGAUCGCGACGCUAAUACUGCACCUAGUUACAUUAAUGCUCCUUCCGUGCAGCGUGUAGUGCAAAAGCCUGCCAUCAAUCCAACACCACUUAGAAAACGCUGCCAGUUCCCAACGUCGAAAGGUCAACAGUUUCGCGUGAUCAGUGCGGCAUACCCGAAUGAUGACACCGUACAACCGGCAAAGACUGUUUCUCCCGGAGAUCGAUGGAAACGUCAGCUGGGGGAUAACGACGAUAAUUACGCAAGCAAUAAUUUGGCCAAGAUCAUGCAUGAAAAUCAUCUGCAGUAUCCUGUAGAUCAGGAUGCCACAACAAACAAAGAAGGUAAUUCGGAACCUCCCGCUCAUCCUUAUCCGCAUGAAAUCAUUCGGGUGAAGGAUCCUCCGCAUCCCGCCCAUUUAAUACGGCCACGCAAAUACCGGGAACACAAUCCCAACGCGCCGGCCCAUGAACUGCUACGAUCGAAGGCGGUAGACGCCCGUCCCGAGGUAGCCGUGGCCGACAGCGUCCCAGAUGCGGAUAUGGUGCCGGACACCAACAGAAAAUCCGCUUCAUACGUUUCCGAACAACGCCAGGAUAAAAACGCUUACAGAAGAAUAAUGACUAAUUCCCAGGCAGACGCACAACCUGCCGCACGGCAACCGGUCCGACAGUUUCAAACAAGCCAAAUGGAAAAUUCGGAUCUUCCGAGAGGUCUCAAGAAGCGGCCAUUUCAGAGUCGACACACUGAAACGGACCAAACGGACUAUUCCGGCUUCAACCAAAGCCCACCACUGCGGGAUGUCGAUGUCAAAAACCUCUUUAAAGCCGUCGGUCGCAGUGAUGAUGGAGUCAACAGCGGAGACGAUGCUCAGCCACAGAAUCGGCCACAGAAUUCUGGCCAUUUCAUAGAAAUUUAUUGUUAACACCAAUUUUACCUUCCAAGUUAAAAUAAAAAUUAAUUAUAACAAAUACGAUAUCGAGCAAGCCAAAAAUCACA